GCUCAUCUCUAUGGCUCAGGGUCACAUCAUUUGCGUGUAAAGUUUUUAUAAAUAAAUAAUAAAAAAUCAUGGAUAUCAAACUAGUUUGCCGGAUUUGCGCUAAUAAAAUAAAGGACAAGAAACGCGAAAGACAUUUGUUCAAAUACAUGCGCGGAAAGCUGCUUUGCCAACUGAAAAUGAUAACUGGUGUCGAGUUGUCUACCAAUCAAGGGUUACCGGAGUUUAUCUGCGAGCGCUGCUUCUCCGAACUGGAUCUUGCUGUGAAGUUUCGCGAGCGUUGCAUCUUCUCCCAAAAGUACUUGCUGGAGAUGGUCAUGAAGACCACUGAAGAGGACCGCAGGAAGUUUCCAAUUCCGGAGCUCCACGAAAUCGAAAUUGAUGCGGACCAAUUGGAGCCAACCAAUAACGAUGACAUGGAGAUCUUGGGGUUUGUCGAAGGGGAUGACGUAGAGGACGAUGAGGAUGCCCAGGCGGCUGUGCUUAUCGCAGCGGAAGAGGCGUACAAAGCUGAGAUAAAGGAAGAGCAGAUGAGACGAGUAGCAAAGCGACGCCGUAACUUCUUCAUAUGUGAACAAUGCGGUCAGUUCUACGACGACGAAUACGCCUACAAUGAGCACUUGGAUGCGCAUCAAGAACGGAAGGAAAUGAAGAUGUUCUUCCCAUGUACAGAAUGCCCCGAAACCUUCACGAAAAAGACGGAUUUGAAACAGCAUCGCUCGCAAUUCCAUAAUGGGCAAUGGCGGCAGUUCAAAUGCUCGACUUGUGGUAAAGUGUUCGUUUCAAUGGACGCCAAGCUACGCCAUGAAAAAGCCCAUGAAAAUGAACGACCUUAUCCCUGUCUGCAGUGCGGAAAGAUAUUCUCCUGUGUUUCGGAACUAAGUGAACAUCAUGCCACACACACGGCCACAAAUAUGAAAUACAAAUGUGAGCCAUGCAGCAAAGGUUUCAUGACCAAACCGCUCCUGGUGGCACAUAAGCAAUCAAAGAAUCACAAACGCGCUCUUAAAAAAAUUCAGGAUGAAAUUGAUUUGAUGGGUAUCUUAGAUAGUGAUUAAUCUUUCAAAUCAUUAUUCUGGAUUUAUUUGAACUAUUUCCUACUUAGAAUCUCUUUGAGAAUCGAAGUAUGAUUUUUCAUUUUAAAUUUGUAUUUUUUUCAAUGUUGAAGGGAAUUAAAUUGGCUGACCACAUACAUAUGCACUAUGCACGAAGGUGCAUAUACUAUGAAGUACAUAGUUUCCUAGUACAUAUUUAAAAUACUGUUGUUUCAAUUCUAUAACAUUUAAACAUGCUUUUCUGGAGGUAGGACUUUCCCAACCCGAAAAAGCUUUCAUAGAACGCGCCUGCGCACUUUUUUUACCAUCUUAUCAGCUUUAAAUGAUUUAUAAAGAGGGCUGGGAAUGCACUUUUCGAGUAUUCUGAGUAUUCAACUGGUAGUCAGCACAUCGGCACCGAGAGAACCAACCGUAUAACAUUGUUAUACAUACAGAUACCCGAGUGAUUAAAGCAGCUGGCGCCCGAAAAA